ACUCUACAAAAAAAAUGUGAUUAUCAAACAUGUUCAAAUCCAUUUCCACACGAUGGACAUGGACAUGCAUCCAAUAUCGCCGGCUGGCCAUAGCAAGCGCCGCUUGCCCUCGAAGUUUCCGCCCACAGGCAAAAGCUGCAGGAGCAUGGCCGAAUCUGACAGUUAGAUGUGUUCCCGAACCUCGUGGUCUUUACCGGGCCAAGGCUUCUUCUUCUUCCAACUUGGCGGCCACAGCAUCAGAGUUGGAGUCAGCCAAAUCACAGGAUGCCCUUUUGCGUGAGUUUGCCCAGAUACCAGUGGAGCGGAUACGCAAUUUCAGCAUAAUCGCUCAUGUGGAUCAUGGCAAGAGCACACUGGCUGACCGCAUUCUUGAGCUAACUGGAGCCAUAACCAAACAAGAGGGUCAACAUCAAGUAUUAGACAAUUUGCAGGUGGAGCGAGAGCGUGGCAUAACUGUAAAGGCACAGACAGCAUCGAUAUUUUACAAAUAUAAAGAUCAGCAGACAUAUUUACUCAACCUUAUUGAUACACCAGGUCAUGUUGACUUCUCGAAUGAGGUUUCCCGCUCUUUGGCCGCCUGUGAUGGUGUGAUCCUUUUGGUCGAUGCCUGUCAUGGUGUUCAGGCGCAAACAGUGGCCAACUAUCAUUUGGCCAAGCAAAGGAAUUUAAUCGUAGUGCCGGUUCUCAACAAAAUCGACAUCAAACAUGCCCAACCCGAAAAAGUCAUUCAAGAUCUACAGUUUCUAUUCCAAAUAGAUCCAAAGACAGUGCUUCAAGUUUCAGCCAAAUUGGGUCUUGGCAUAAAGGAAGUCUUAAAUCGCGUGAUUGAAUCAAUACCACCGCCACAGGUGCAACGUGAACAAGAAUUUCGCGCCCUAAUCUUUGAUAGCUGGUUUGAUAAAUAUCGCGGCGCCUUAAAUUUAAUAUAUAUUCUUAAUGGCCAUUUAGAGCAAGGUCAAGAGAUACAAUCGAUGGCCACGAAAAAAAUAUAUCCCCUGAAAACUAUAUCCAUUCUUAGGCCUAAAGAAUGUGAUGUGAAAAGUUUAUCAGCGGGUCAAGUUGGUUUAAUAGCCUGUAAUAUGCGUAAUAGCAAAGAAUCAAUAAUAGGCGAUACAAUAUAUUUAAAAAAUCAAAUAGUUCAAUCUGCCGGAAAUUAUACGCCACAAAAACCAUUAGUUUUUGCUGGUAUAUUUCCUGUCGAUCAAUCAAAACAUGUGGCCCUACGCAGUGCCAUUGAUAAAAUGAUUCUCAAUGAUUCGGCUGUAACGCUAAUGGUCGACUCUAGCCCAGCACUGGGUCAGGGUUGGCGCCUGGGCUUCCUUGGCUUGCUGCACAUGGAAGUAUUUUGUCAACGACUCGAACAAGAGCACAAUGCUGAGCCCAUUAUAACUGCUCCAUCGGUUACUUAUCGCAUUGUACUGAAUAAUCCGCGUAUGAUCAAACAAAUGGGCAAAAACACAUUGGAUAUAUCGAAUGCUGCCCUGUUUCCAGAGCCCUCCAAUAUUAAGGAAUACUAUGAACCUCUUGUAAUGGGCACAAUUAUAACACCCUCGGAAUAUGUGGGUCAAAUUAUAGCCCUGUGUAUUGAUCGUCGUGGCGUACAGCAAAGUUCCAUUAAUAUCGAUGAGACGCGCAUUUUAAUGACAUAUGUUCUACCAUUGAGUGAAAUCAUUUUAGAUUUUCAUGAUCGUCUCAAAUCGUUAAGUUCAGGAUACGCUAGUUUUAGUUAUGAAGAUCAUGGCUAUCAUUUAACAAAUUUAGUACGCUUGGAUAUUCAUCUAAAUGGUCGCCCCGUUGAAGAGCUUUGCCGCAUUGUUCAUGCCACCAAGGCCACGGGCAUUGCCCGACAAAUGGUUCACAAAUUGAAAGAUUUAAUACCCAGGCAAAUGGUACAAAUAGCCAUACAGGCCUGUGUGGGUAGCAAAGUACUGGCCCGUGAAACGAUCAAGGCAUAUCGCAAAGAUGUUACCGCCAAGCUCUAUGGCGGCGAUGUGACCCGUCGCAUGAAACUUUUGCGUCAACAAGCGGAGGGCAAGAAAAAAAUGCGAAUGUUUGCCAACAUACGAGUACCACAUGAGACCUUCAUCAAUGUCCUAAAGCGUUAAGUAAUCGGAAGGAGAGUUAGAGUUCAUGUUUUUUUGUAACUUCCAACCAUAAACAACCUUUAUUAGUGCUUAACAAAGAACCCCCCAGCUAUGCCUAUGAGAGUGAGGUUCUUGAAGGCGAAACAAACGCUUAUUAUAAGACUGAGAUCGACUAUAUUUAAUUUUGCCUACAAUGUUUUUUAUUCUAUGAGAGAAAAGGGAAAACGAAACGAACUUCAAAAUGAUUAACGGUUUUAGUGUAAGUGAGCAGGCAGCAUUGCACUUUACCUAUAAUAACAACAACAAUGGCGGCCUUAAAACAGAACACAACAACAAUAAUA